AUGUCGGUAAGAAAUCGUACGGCACCUGUUCUCGAUAGAAUAAGAUCAGAACACCUGAAGAACCUUCCGCCAGUACUCAGCGACACCCUUGCGAGGCUCUUUACACGUUACCUGUCCAAAUGCAAGGUUCCCAAACAGUGGAAGACCAACAAGACUGUGUUGUUGUAUAAAAAAGGAGAUCCACAUGACAUCGGCAACUAUCACCUUAACUUUGACUCAGUUGAGACUGAAUCGGUCAUGGAGGCCUUGGACAACCAAGGUGUCCCCACUCAGUACAUAAAGGUACUUCGAGUUGUACAGCAACUUUACGACCGGAAUUUCGCCAUUCUACAAGAAUAUUAUCAUUGA